UUACUAAACAAAGGAGCCAGUCGAACGCUGGAUGGCGAACGGUGCGUUCGCGCGCGACGCCGCUCUUCCGUUCGAGAGAUCGACGACGCACGACGUUCGAGUUCGCGCGACGAAGCUGUGAAGCUUUCGCGCGACACGAAGAGGCCUCGCUCGUCCGGCAGGAGCGCGAAAGAGCGGAUAGGCAGUGUGCGCGACCACUGUACGACGGUGCCUACGACCACCACCUCCGACACGCACCAACGACGAGCACGGGCGAGUACGUGAGGUGGAGCGAAGGGCAGCGUGCAAACAAAUGCUGUAAAAAUGCCGUCGUUGCUGGAAGCCCUGGAGCUGAAGUACGGCAGUUCAACAACGGACUGCUCGUUGACGGACGACGAGGCGGAGUCUGGCUCACCCAAGGCCGCCUUGUCGGUGAGCAUUUUCAUCCCCAAGAAGUCGCCCCGACACACGGUGCCUGCGUUGCUGGUACUUCAGGACUGCGACAUCGAAUCGGCGGGUAACGACGCCGAAAAACUCCGUAGCAAGUGCAAGAACGUCGAAGAGCUUGAUCUCGCGCAGAACAAGCUGUCGCAGUGGACGGAAGUGUUUGGUAUCUUGCAGCACAUGCCCAAAAUCAAGUUUGUAAACUUGAGCUUCAACUGCUUGGCAGAAGUAUUGGAAGUUAAGCACGGUAACUAUGAUCUUCUGAGGAAUCUUGUGCUGAACGGCACUAGAGUGUCCUGGUCGACGGUACAGGGACUGAUACGACUUCUGCGUAAUUUGGAAGAACUCCACUUGUCCUUAAAUGAGUACAAAACGGUCGAUCUGGAUUACCAGAAGCCAGAGAAUGUGAAUCCAGCGUUGAAGAAGCUGCAUUUCACUGGUAAUCCUGUGGAAGUUUGGAACGAGAUCUCAAAGUUGGGGUAUGUCUUUCCAAGUCUGAAGAGUCUCGUCUUGGCCGAGUGUCCGAUCAGGUCACUCGCUCUGGAAGAGAAUCGAAAUUUGCCGAGCGAAGACAGCCGCCGAGCGAAGGAGGAAGGUCACGGGCAGGACAGCGAAAAUAUGAAUCAUUUAGACGCGGAUGAACACACGUCGACGGACGAAAAGGGGAACAGGAUAUUCGAGAGCAAGGUUAACUACGACAGAUCCGAGUCGGAGUCGGAGUCUAGCGGAACGACCAUCAAAUCUCCUCACGAUCCCUUUAGGAUGCUGAGGUUCUUGAACGUAAACGGUACGCUAUUGUCUACCUGGGACGAUAUCGAGAGGCUCGCUAGGUUUCCCGCGCUCAAAUCACUCAGGAUCCAAGGAUGCCCGCUUUUCGAGAGCCCUCGAGAGUACACGGAACAUGAAAGGCGGCAGCUACUAAUAGCUCGACUGCCAAACGUCGAGACUUUGAACGGCGGCGGCGUGAUAUCGUCUCAGGAGCGCGAGGACGCCGAGAGAGCCUUCAUACGCUAUUACAUGGAUAAACCGGAAGCCGACCGACCUGAAAGGUAUUCGGAACUUGUGGCCAUUCACGGAAAGCUGGACCCCUUGGUGAAUGUUGAUCUAACACCAGAAAAAAGGGUCAAGGUCACUUUUACGUACGGGGAUCUUGUUGAGGUACGGUCAGUAGAUGUAUACAGAACAGUUUUCGAAUUGAAAACUAAACUGGAAAGUAUGGUGAAAAUACCUGCCAAUAGAAUGAGACUUUUCUAUGUUGAUCAGGAAAUGAAGGCGCAAUAUGGUCCAGAAGAAAUGUUAUAUCCUAACAAGCAACUGUAUCGAUAUAAUAUCAGAAAUGGCGAUGAGAUUAUUAUCGACAGUAAACUGAAUCGAUUCGUGUCAACAUCUUCGGGUACAUCUUCCAUUCGUUCCUGAAGAAGGUCGACAAGUGGGUCGAGCGGUAUCGAAGAAAUUCGAUAACUCUUCGGACUUUGAUCUCCACUUGUCGCCUCACGAUGUAAUGAUCAUUGAUGAAACGUCAACGAAUGAUCAUAAUGAAAAAUCGCGCAUUAAUGGAAUCCCAAUAAUUUAUCAAACGUGAAAUAUUCUAGGACACCGAGUGUGUUUCCCUGAAAUGAACUUGCAAGCACGCGAGACAGCGUGUUUAUGUCCGUACGAACGAUAUGUUCAGAUAUUCUCUGAUAAUAGUUACGCGUUAUCGCGAUUAAUACACUCUAAUCGCGGUCAAGUCGUCCGACGCGGCUAUAGCUAAUUAUUUCAUCGUAUAACAAACUCAUUCAAGCCUCGACGUAUAACUUAAACUGCUACUAACGAGCGCAUAGGGGAUAAAGUGUACGUACGCACUACGUACACGUGCAUACAGACACAUUUAGAUGAGUAGAUAACUGUCGAUUUGUAAGUUCUUUGAGUGUAGUAUAAUUCUCGUCAUUGUUUCAUAGAAGGUAAAAAUGUAACGGGGGAAGCAGGACUGUAAAUAGCGAAUUUCGAUUUCCAGCCAAAUUCGAUGUAAUUACGAAACGAGCUAUAUAAGAAGAGUUUACUUGAUUUUACCGAUGCUCGACGAAAGUGGUAGAGAUUUGUAGAAAAGUAGUGAUCGAAAGCUCGUGUGGAUGAUGUGACGCGCUCGUCGAGGCUGCUGCGACGAAGAGAAUGAGAUAUUUUUGUAGAUCGUGAGCAGCUAUCUGUAAAGAGUAAGAUGUAUCGUUCGCGAACGAACGCAUUGUGUUGCUCUUUGUUGAGCACCGGGCAAUGAUAAAAGUGUACAAUGCACUUAUAACUGUAUUUUCGUUGCGCGCAUUUGCAUGUACUAACGCGAGAAUGCGUGUGACUCCUUCGUAAGCGCGAAGGAUGUCCUUCGCCAGGCGUCAUCCACUUGCGUCGUACGUUGACGGAUGAUCUCUCUACUUUCCGAAGGUGAUACUUACAUGUAAAUUGUUUCUCGCGCAAGCCCUGCGCGAAAUUACAACGCACAAGCGUCAUCAGGUCGUAACUUUCUCCGCUUUAGACGAUUCAGUCGCAAUGUAACAUCGCAGUGGACUCUAAAACGUGAUGGUCGAAAUCUGCCGAGUCACGCAAGGGUUGUCAAUCUAAUAAUGUCAAUCUAAAGAUGCCGCAGUCGUCUAGUCUUGGAAUGUACUUAACUUGCAGCAAAAGUCUAAUUCCUUCUAAAUUUAAGGCAUUGGAUUGCACGAAUAGACUCGUGUUCGUCGAUUAGAUAGGAAUAAUUUGCUUUCUGCUUGUCUCUCCCGCUCGCUCGUAGAGUUUCGCGACUGAUUGUCACGGCGCUUCAAGCCUCAAGAUCGUCAACUUGACUCUCCCUAAUUUCUCAAACUAGUCUUCUAUGCGUAUUACUUCUAUAUAAUAUUAUCUUUUUAUCUAUCAACACAUUUCUAUAGUUGCAGUUGCAAGGAUGGAAUAUUAGUUUCGAAAGCAAACAUUAGAGCAAAAGCUUUUCAGAAAUUAGAGGGAAUCCCGCAAGUUUUAUAAAAUUGACGAUCUUGAGACUAAGCGAUAGUCAGUCGCGAGGAGACGAGCAGGAGACAAAAGGAAGGAAACAGGCGUAAAUUUCGAAAAUCGCCUCAAAAGUGCAAAUCUCGAGCACUGGAGUGGACGAUUGCGCAUACUUGCGUUCUUUUUUUAAUAUUUCGACAAGCGUGUUGGAAUUACAAGGGCUGAUAUCAAACGCGAUCAAAGGAUAACAAAGACGUCUCGUUUUCUUUUAUAUAAUUUACGUGCUCGGGCUGCUCGUAAUCAUUUCAUAAUCGUAUCGAUCUUUACAGGUAUACCUUUUCCCUGAAUGCUACAAGUAUCCGUACGUCUCGUUGCAUUUACAGUUUAUCCCGAUUUAGAACAUAAACGCGAAAAAAAUCAAUGUAGAAUGUUGCGUUGCGUCGCGUCGCUUUGUCAUCGAAUAUGUCGGCACCGUCGUGCUAUUCGGCUAAGCAUUAGAGAGGGAAAACGGACAGUACAUCAAGUUUCGGUUUCUUUGCUCACAAGCAACGAAGCUUGAAGAGUCACUUAGUGCCUGCCUUUUACUAGCGUAAUUCGGAUACUUCUAACACUGCCCUGUGUAUACCAUAAAACGUAAUUCGGAAUAACGAGGCUCUCUGUACAUAACGAGAAACAUACUGACCGAAUUCCCGCAGCAGUACGAUUACCUGAAACCGUAUGAAUUUGAGUAUCGGAGAAGCUAAAAUCAUUUUCGUCAAUUGUCAGUGACCCUUAAGGUGACAUUUAUGAAACUCAAAUCUUGUUAUAUUGUUGGAAGCAAAUAUUUUUAGAAUGUUUUUAUUUGUGAUAUCGUGAAAGAGGAGAGAGAAAGAGAAGGAAACAGAGAAGAUUAAUUAUUGACAAUUAUAAUCACGAUUUUAGCUGCUCAAGAAAUUCGGCUAGACCGUUUCUCGAAUACUGAAAGAGCACCGCGAUAGUCGGGAAAAUGUUGUUGACUGUUGGUUUCCACUUCCAUUCGCGUCUUGCUGCAGCGAAUGCACAGUGAAUUGCGAUCCGUUUGGUCGAUGUAAACAACGGAAAGCGAAAAGGAAAAUCAAUCGCGAAGGAGGGCAAGGACGGGCUGGCAGUGGAAUCCUGCGCUGUAUGUGUCUAGUCUCGGAAAAGGAACUCUCUCUGCAUUAUUCUUAUUUUAUAUAAAACUAUUCUUCUUUUUUUUUUGUGCUGGCGCAAAUGUACGUACUAACGAAAUAAAGUCGUUUAUACGAUGUAA